AUGAGGAUCCAGAACCUUCUCCUGGUACUGCUCUGCCUGUUCCUGACUCCUGUCCCAGGUGACGGCGGCAUCGUGAACGUCUUGAAACGCCACUACUGCCGGCUGCGCGGUGGGCGCUGUGCGCUGGUCAACUGCCUGCCCAGGGAGGAGCUCAUCGGCCAGUGCUCCUUGGCCGGCCGCAAGUGCUGCCGCAAGAGGAAGUGA